AUGUCGGGGUCCGGACCCCCUCAGCUGCGAACCCCCGAACUGGACAUCGACCUGGGCAGCGACUCGGAGCUGACGGGGCCCCCUUGCCGGGGUCUCCUGGAGGCGGAGGAGCCCCCGUUCCACGCCAGCUCACUGCGGCUCGCCAUCACCGAUCCCGAAGGGGAGCCCGAGCGGUCCCCGUGGCGUGGGGGCGUUGGGGUCCUGGGGGUCCCGUGCGGCCCGCGGGGGACCGUGGUCUCCACGGUGACGAGGCUUCGCGUCGAGACCAUCACCCCGGGGCCGAGGACCGCUGCCAAGGAGGCGAAAGUGAAACAUUUCUUCGUGUUCAGGGCGCGUGAGGGUGAGGGUGAGGCUGCCGCCGCGGACGAACCCCUGGGGGUGUGCGUGUCAUGCGGGCUGCCCGUGAGUGGCGAGGGCUGCGUGGCGGAGCAGCGCCUGCACCACGUCCACUGCUUCACGUGCGCCGCCUGCGCCCGGCGCCUGCAGGGGCUGCCCUUCUACAGCACGCCCGGCGUGGGGCACCUGUGCGAGGCCUGCUACCUGGAGACGCUGGAGCACUGCAGCGUGUGCGGCGAGGCCAUCGUGAACCGCAUCCUGCACGCCACGGGGCGCGCCUUCCACCCGGCGUGCUUCGCGUGCUCCGAGUGCGGCACGAGCCUGGACGGCGUUCCCUUCACCGUGUGCUCCGCCAACCGCGUGCACUGCCUCGAGGAUUUCCACAGGAAGUUUGCCCCGCGCUGCUCGGUGUGCGGCGAGGCCAUCGUGCCGGCGCCCGGCGAGAAGGAGACACUGCGCGUCGUGGCGCUCGACCGCAGCUUCCACGUCGCCUGCUACAAGUGCGAGGACUGCGGGCUGGUGCUGUCCCCCUCGGAGGGCAAGGAGAGAGGCUGCUUCCCGCUGGACGGCCACAUCCUCUGCUUCCAGUGCAGCGACUCGCGGCUGCAGGCCCGGCCCGGUCUGGCUGGCCCACAGCCUCUCUCAUCAUAAACACACUCACACACACACUCACAUACAUACAUACACUCACAUACACUCACUCACUCACAUACACACACUCACAUACACUCACACACAUACACACACUCACACACACACAAGAUAUACAUAGAUGCACACACACUGGCCGAUCCUAUGGGGGGGAAUUUGUUGGACCCACAUUACAUACACAUACACACACGUGUACACACACCCACACACAGUAACACGUGUACACACACACACAGUAACACGUGUACACACACACAAAGUAACACCUGUAAACGCACAGUAACACCUGUACACACACACGCACAGUAACACGUGUACACAUACAUGCAGUGGUCCUAUGCAAUGUAUCAGUCCCUGGAUUGGUGUCUCCCCGUGUCUCCCCGUUAUCUCCCAGUGUCUCCCCGUGUCUCCCCGUUAUCUCCCAGUGUCUUCCCGUGUCUCCCCGUUAUCUCCCAGUGUCUUCCCGUGUCUCCCCGUGUCUUCCCGUGUCUCCCCGUUAUCUCCCAGUGUCUUCCCGUGUCUCCUUGUGUCUCUCAGUAUCUCCCGCAUGUCUUCCCGUGUCUCCCUGGAUCUCCCCGUAUAUCCUCGUGUCUCACCCGUGUCUCCCCGUGUCUCCCUGUGUCUCCCUGCGUCUCCCCGCGUCUCCCCGCGUCUCCUUCGUACCCCCCCCCCCCCUAUCCACUCACUAUGCCAAAGACUGCACGCAAGCGCCUAACAUCCUCUUGUUAACCCCGGGGGUCCGAUGGGAUGAGGGUCAGGUUGGAUCGUGGCUCUGCAGGUCCCCUUUCUCCAGGGGGUCUGGGUCCUGACUGUGCACUUCGGGUGCUGGGCUGGGUUCGGGUCAGGACAACGGCCUCGAGUCAGGGGUCAGAGUGAGGGGUCAGAGUCUGUAGGGUGAGGGGUCAGAGUCUGUAGCGUCAGGGGUCAGAGUCUGUAGGGUCAGGGGUCAGAGUCUGUGGGGUCAGGGGUCAGAGUUUGUAGGGUCAGGGGUCAGAGUCUGUAGGGUCAGGGGUCAGCGUCUGUAGGGUCAGGGGUCAGAGUCUGUAGGGUCAGGGGUUAGAGUCUAUAGGGCCAGGGGUCAGAGUCUGUAGAGUGAGGGGUCAGGGGUCAGAGUCUUUUUGGGGCAGGGGUCAGAGUCUAGGCUACACAGGGGGGACUUUUAGGGUGUUCAGGUGUCACGUGAACCUGCAGGGUCCAAGCAGCGAGCUCAGCGCGGGCCCCUGGCUGCAACGAGUCCAAUGGGGGCCCAUCCCUGUCCCAUAUUACACCCCCCCCCCCGCAAGCCUCUUCGUAAGCCUGGCACCUCACCCCCCCUCACCACCUCGCCCCCCCCUCACCACCUCCCCCCGUGGAGCCCCGGUGCGAUUGCACCGACUGCGCACUCGGUAGCUGCUUCACCGCCCCCCCCUCCCUCGCUUGCUGCACCCGCGUGGGAGACCGCGCUAGUCCCCCACCCCCUGUAUCGUGCUUUGAUGCUCCAACGCUGCCAGUUUCUAUACGAGUAUAAGAAAGCGAGAGAGAAAGAAACCCCCAACAAUAUUGUUCUGAGAGUUGAUUCUCCGGGACUCGCGGAGCCUGCGAGGGCAGACGCUCGAUGCGGCGGGCGGCGACGGACAUCGGCGGGUCCCUCGAUGUUGAGGCGGGCGCCUGUCUGGUUGUGUCCAUCCGACUGCCUUUUCCAGAUAUUGUCCCGAUAUCUGGACAAACAAAUAAUCCGGGGUAUCCGUGGCUAGCGCUCGCGUCCGGGUAUCAAUCUGGUUACCACGAAGACAGAUAACUGCUGGUCGUCCAUAUGGGGUACCUCUGGUUAUCACUCAUCCGGUUGUCCAUUAAUUUUCCUGCAACACAGACAUCUGGUUGUCCAUCUGGGGUACCUCUGGUUAUCACUCAUCCGGUUGUCCAUCUGGUUUCCUGGAUCACAUCUGGUUGUCCAUCUGGUUUCCUGGAUAUCACACAUCUGGUCGUCCAUCUCGGUACCUCUAUCAUGAUACCUGUCGCGACGAUUUGCGUUCGUUGUAGCUCUACGCGGGGGGCUGUCUCCAUCAUCUUCGUCUUCGUUGUUUGAAAAGGGCACCCCCAGUGUCAGCUGUCUCCGUGCGCCACGCGGCGACCUCGGCAUCCGGCCCUGCGAGGCGGGCAUUCGUCUGCUGCCAGGACGGGGUGGCGGGGGGGGGGGCACGGUGACCGAUACGCAUUGUACCCAAAUUUAAAAUUCCACUACAGUUGGUAUCUGUCCGACGAGCUGAUAACUCCUUUCACAUUCAGUUAGCUCUCUGACGGGUUGCUUUGUAGAUGUCCACUCCCAUCUGGUUAGACAUCUGGUUGGUUGGUACGUGGAUGUCCAGUCCAUCUGAGCAUUUGGGAUCAGGGCGUUCAAUCUGUCUGGUCGCCUCGCCGGAUAAUUGGCAUUUGACUUCUCAUCUGGGGGAUAAGCCACGUGGCGAGCAUCCACCUGGGUGUCCCACCUGGGCACGGGUCAUUCUGGAAAUACUCGUGGGGCGCUAUCGCCUAUCGCAAGGGUGGGGGGGGGGUGAGGGCCCACCAGCUUCCCCACAGCAGAACGAACCACAGACGGAUCUCUCCGUCAGCACGAGGUCGACCAUCGGUAACCGUGCAGUCUCCUGCGGUAAGAGUUCAACACCAAGACCAGCGGUGCCGACCAAAUUCUCCCGCCCCCCAAACACAGACGCCAGCUCUCCGGACAGGUGGCAGACCCUAGGUGAGGACCAACAUCCCACCCCUGGCCCGCGAUGACUCCUCGGGUCGUCGUCUUCCUUACCACGGAGUGGCCUCGCACAGGACUCGAUCCGUACCGCCCCCUCCCCCCACCCACCUCUGGCGGGUUUGUCCGGAUGCGCCGUUGAGUUUUGUGUUCUCGCUGUGCGGUGUCGAGUCACGCGAGUUUCUGCAGGACCGGGAGUCCAGCGCGGACCAAAUAAAGAUUCGCCUUUUG